ACAAAACAUUAAUAAAACAACAAAAAGAAAGAAAGAAAAAACAGAACGGAAUUCCGUUUCGCGUAACCACUACCACCGAUUCAGUGCCUCAUUCAUUUCCUUGCAUUUCAUUUUCUUUCGAAUCAUAAUUCAUCUUACUCGCCUCCAACUCCCUACAGUUCCUCCCUCUCGCUUUUAUCUUCCUUUUCCUUCAGUUACUAUUGCCUCAACCCUCUCUCUCUCUCUCUCUCUAUCUAUCUCUCUCCCUUUCUCUACGUUUUUUUUUUUGCAUUUUUAGAUCGGUUUGACGGAACAUCCUGUGCGAUCGGUCUUUCUGGUUCCUCCUUAAAAAGCAUUAUACUUGUAGAGGACCCGGGGCCGUCGUUGUCUUCCUUGAGACUGUGUCGAACUGGUUUGGCAUAUUAAGGUAGGAUUCCCACCGGUUAUUUUACUACUUCAGAAGCAACAUAAAAAGCAGAAGCUUAUUUUUCUUCAAGGAAAAUGUUGGGGGGCAACAAUGGUAAUCCUGUGCUUCCUGCUUUCCUGAAUGAGACUUGCUUCCAGUAUCAGACUAGUGCAUCAAAUCAGCUGCAGUUAUUUGGCAGUUUGCCAGCUGGGUGUAGUGUUGAUCCAGUAAAUUAUUUUGGGAGUGAGCAUAUUACUCCUAUGCUUCGGCCAAAUAAACGAGGCCGGGAAACGGAAGAUAUCUCAAAGCAGCAAAAGCUUCAGAUAUCCUUGAAUUAUAAUGCUUGUCAAGAUGAAGCUGAUCGCUCAGCAAGCAUUCCAAAUCCAAACAUUGUAUCAACAGGUUUAAGGCUAUCAUAUGAUGAUGAUGAACGCAACUCAUCUGUUACUUCAGCAAGUGGAAGUAUGACAGCUGCACCUUCAAUCAUCUUGUCCCUUGGUGACAAUAUUACAACUGAGCUUGAUCGGCAGAAAGAAGAGUUUGACCAAUAUAUUAAAAUUCAGGAGGAAUACUUGGCAAAAGGGGUGAGGGACAUGAAGCAGAGACACAUGGCUUCUUUCCUCGCUGCUAUAGAGAAAGGUGUUGGCAAAAAGCUACGUGAGAAAGACAUAGAAAUAGAGAACAUGAACCGUAAGAACAGAGAACUGGUAGAGAGGAUAAAGCAGGUAGCUAUAGAAGCCCAGAAUUGGCACUACAAAGCAAAGUACAAUGAAUCAGUUGUUAAUGUCCUGAAGAGCAACCUCCAGCAGGCAAUUUCACAGGGCGCUGAGCUAGGGAAGGAAGGAUUUGGAGACAGUGAAGCUGAUGAUGCGGCCUCAUAUAUUGAUCCAAACAACUACCUGAGCCUUCCUGGAAAAUCUAUUUCCAGGAAUAACAUGGGCUUGAAGGAGCACAUCGCUUGCAGAGCAUGCAAGGCAAAGGAGGUAUCCAUCUUGUUGAUGCCCUGUCGGCACCUGUGUUUAUGCAAGGACUGUGAUGGGUUAAUUAGUGUUUGUCCUGUAUGCCAGUUGAUGAAAACUGCGAGUGUCCAAGUGUAUCUGUCCUAAAUUAUGAAGCAUGUUACCAUACAAAUGAAGAAGAAAAAAAAUCAUUUACUCUUUGGUUGAUAUAUCUCUAAAAUUAUGAACUCAAUGUGGGUAACUAAUUAUCUUCAUGAAAAGAGAUCCUGUGAUUUUCUGUAA